AUGGUAUUAAGGAAGUUAUCAAAAAAUGAAGGUGGUCUACUAAUUGGUCAGAAUAAGAUACGGCUCCUCGGAUAUGAUGAGGAUUUGGAUAUUAUAGGUAAAUUGCUUGCAGACACAGUUAACGCAGUCAGAUUGCUAGAAGAAGCAGUUAAGAGAAUGGGUCUUAAAAUAAAUA